CUCUCCGCUACAAAUUGUACUGCGAACAGUUUGCUGUUUUAAGCCGUCAAAUCAGUCGGCCUGAUUAGUCCAAUUGGAACCAUCAAUUCCCGAAUCGAUAUCAUUAAGCUUUGAUUGCAUUAAAGAAAUAAGACUGAAUUGUCCAUCGGAACCGAACGACUGACUGACUGACUGGUGGAGCUUCCGGACACCACCAUCACCAUGCGACUGCUGCUUCCACUGGCGGCGUUAGUGCUGGUAGUGCUUUGCCUAACACCCCAGCACAUAACUGCACAGGAUCUCGAGGACAAUGAUUUUGCCGAAUUCGAGGACUUUGAUGACGAUGAGUUUGUAAUGGGUGAACCGCACCAAGCUGGACAGCAGGCACAGGCCCCAGCAGCACAGGGCGAUGGACGGCAAGCUAGUGAACCGGCCAAGGGACAGGCGAAGAAUGUACCAGCCGCGCAGGACAGUGAAGACUUUAUGGAGAUUGAUGACGAUCAGGCAGACGAUGACGGUAUCGUGGAGGACGAGGACAGCGAGUUUGAACACUUCCAAGAUGAGGAAGAGUUUGAGGGCUUUGCCAGCACGAUCGGUGAUCAGGAGGAGCUGCUGCGCCAGGGCGAACCGGUCGGGAAGCAUGCGGAGCCAAAGCUAACGAUUCCGAAGGUGCCGAUCCAUUUCCGCACCCACUGGGACUCGUACUGGAUGGAGAUGCUUAUGCUGGCCGGUUUGAUGGCUUACUUCGCCAACUACCUGGUUGGCAACAAGAAGAACUCGGCCAUCGCCAGCCAGUGGCUGUCGAUACAUCGCACCUUGCUGGAGGACAACUUUGCGCUCGUCGGCGACGAUGGCAAGAAGGAAACGGAAGGGUCGACCUUUAGCUUUAACAAGGAAAGCGAAAGUGUGUACACCCUGUGGUGCAGCGGACGGACCUGUUGCGAGGGCAUGCUGGUGGAGCUGAAGAUGAUCAAACGACAGGAUCUGGUGUCACUGAUCGCUGGCAUAAUGAAGCCGGUGCAGGAUCAGCUGCAUAUCAAGGUGGAACUGUCGGCGGACUCGAUGGACAACUUUGUGUUCUGUGUGGCUAGCCGCAAACAGGCUACUAAAAUGUUCAAAGAGCUCAACGAUUUGAACAAAUUCUGUUGUCUAGUCAGCAAGGCCGAGGAUAAGUACAAUAUUCCCGGGUUUGCAUUGUUAUCGGAGAUUGCCGAGGUGUCGGCCAGUAUAUUAGAUGGUAGAGUAGUAGCAGCUUUAAAUAAGUACUCGCACCUGAUCGACUACAUCCACCUGUCGGAUCAGUACAGUGGUCCGAUCCAGCAGGAAGACCCGAACCAACUGAAGCGCCCGGACGUCCGCCGUAUUCUGCACUGCGGAUUCAACGUGCCCGUCAAGGGCGAUCUGGAAGAGAUGAAACCACUGCUAAUACUCGUGUUUUAUCUGAUGGAUCGUGUGCGGCGCUUCAAACUUUCCAAGGAGGCAAAGGCAAAGUCGGACAAGAAUCGUGCUGCCGUUGAGGAAGAGUUUAUGAAGAGCACCCACCAGGCCCGUGCCGAAGCGGCCGCUUUGCGCCGCGAAGAGAAGCGUAAGGCAGAGAAGGAGAAAAUCUUGGCCGAGGAAGAUCCGGAGAAACAGCGACGCUGGGAAAAGAAGGAGCAGAAGCGCCAGCUAAAGAAGCAGGCGCCCAAGAUGAAGCAGCUUUCCAUUAAGGCUCUGUAGUAGGGGGUACCGAUAGAGUUGUGAGACACUCUCAGCAUUGCUUGUUUUAGUUCGUUAUUGUUUACUAAAAUCAUUAAAAAAGCCAAAAACACGGCGCCCAUCAUGCAUCAUGGGGGAGAAUACAUUACCGAGAGAAAUGUUUAGAAGAGUUUCCACAAGCACCACUUCGGGCGGGCGCUACAGAUUUGGCCAAACGUAGGAAGCAACGUAUAGUAGGCGAAUGACGUAGACGUGAAUAAAGAAAAAUUGGAUCCGUAGGGAAAAAAACUUUGCUGCGGUAAGUGUUUAA